CCCCGGCCCGGACGAGGCGGGAGGCGGUUACAACAGCGAAGAUGAGUACGAGGCCGGGCGGGUGGAGAUGGACCCGGCCACGGCCGAGCAGCAGGAGCACCGGUUCGAGAAGGCGCUGCGGGAGAAGAAAGGCUUCAUCAUCAAACGCAUGAAGGAGGACGGCGCCUGCCUCUUCCGGGCCGUGGCUGACCAGGUGUACGGAGACCAGGACAUGCACGAGGUGGUGCGCAAGCACUGCAUGGACUAUCUGAUGAAGAACGCUGACUACUUCUCUAACUACGUGACGGAGGAUUUCACCACUUACAUCAACCGUAAGCGCAAGAGCACGUGCCACGGGAACCACAUCGAGAUGCAGGCCAUGGCCGAGAUGUACAACCGCCCCGUCGAGGUCUACCAGUACGGCACCGAGCCCAUCAACACCUUCCACGGGAUCCAGCACAACGAGGACGAGCCCAUCCGGGUCAGCUACCACCGCAACAUCCACUACAACUCCGUCGUCAACCCCAACAAGGCCACCAUCGGCGUAGGGCUGGGGCUGCCCUCCUUCAAGCCGGGGCUGGCAGAGCAGUCCCUGAUGAAGAGCGCCAUCAAGACCUCGGAGGAGUCCUGGAUCGAGCAGCAGAUGCUGGAGGACAAGAAGCGAGCGACCGACUGGGAGGCCACCAACGAGGCCAUCGAGGAGCAGGUGGCCCGCGAGUCCUACCUCCAGUGGCUGCGCGACCAGGAGAAGCAGGCCCGGCAGGUGGCCGGGGCAGGGGUGACGCGCCUCCCCGUGUCCCCGCAGCCCCGCAAGGCCAGCGCCACGUGCAGCUCGGCCACGGCGGCGGCAGCCAGCGGCCUAGAGGAGUGGAGUGGGCGCUCGCCCCGGCCCCGCAGCGCUGCCCCCUCGCCUGAGCACCCCGGCCUGCACCCCGAGGCACCCGGCCCCAAGCCCCCCUCGCCAGGUGCCCCCCCACCAGGCAAGCCCCCCUCGCCCUGUGCCCCAGGGACCAGCAGCCAGCUGGGGGCGGGGGGGGGCCGGGCCACCCCCCCACUGGUGUCCCUGUACCCCGCGCUGGAGUGCCGCGCCAUCAUGCAGCAGAUGUCCCCCACCGCCUUUGGCCUGAACGACUGGGAGGACGACGAGAUCCUGGCGUCGGUGCUGGCCGUCUCGCAGCAGGAGUACCUGGAGACCAUGAAGACCUCCCGCCACAGAGACCCCACCGCCGACAAGAGUUGAUAUUGAACCCCCGGACUGCACCCUGGCCCCCCCGCCGCCCCCCCCCGGCCCCCCAGGGACCUCUAGGUGCAUGGCGGCCCAGGCUGGCGGGGGCGUUUUAUUUCGGGGAACCCCCCCCUCCCUGCUUUCAUGGGACGCCUCCUGACUGGGGAGGGGAGGGGGACACAGCGCUGGACGCCGCGGGACGAACCUCGGCUAUUUGGGGGGGGGAGAAGCCCCCCCCCCCCCAAUUAC